AUGAAACAAGUUGGAGAUCUCGAAAAUUGUCUUUUCUAUUACCUACUGGAUAUGGAUUACGAGAAAACAAAGAAGUACAACUCACUUUUGAUAAAUCCGCCGCCAACAGAUGGCGAUAAAGAGGUGACGGAGCAAGUGUUGCGGAUUGAGAUCGAAGAUAUCCAGAUACAACGCAUACAUUUGAAGCCACAAUCAACUUAUCAAUUUCGGAUCGAAGGAGAUAUCUAUUUGAAUUGGUUAGAUCAGCGGCUAACAUGGGACCCAAAAGAAUGGCACAUGGAUCACUUUACCCUUCACGAUUCGCAUCACAUUUGGAGCCCGAAACUCAAGGAUUUUGGACGAUGUGCGGAUGAUCCGAUGGCUUGUAUCAGCACUCUCUUUGAUGUCGAUCUUCUCUCUGAUGGCCGAAUCUAUUCACGAAUUCAUUUCGCAUACGAUUCUUUCUGUACUAUCGAUUAUGCAAAAUAUCCCGAAGAGGAGAACAAUUGUUGCAUCUUUUUUAGCGGAUAUGAUCCGGGAGUUUCGUUGACGUUUGACCUUGUGCCCAAAGAACAACACGAUAUGAAGCACGCUGUCGGAGCGGCUCCACCAGCUAAUCGCCGUUACAUGGACUCGAUCUACGCAAUGGAAGAAGAUCACUCGGCUUGGGUUGUUGAUGAACGCAAAUUCAACGUUAUCAAAAUUGCUCCAUUUGCCUCGAUGCAGAUGCUACGCGUUUGUGUACACGCUGAGAAGAAAAUGAGCACAAUCGCGUUCGCUUUACGUCUUCCCGUCACCAUUGCAACACUUGUUAUGCUGGUGUCUCCGCUUUUUGGCGAUCUCAAGACACAAUCGUGGGUGAAAUUGGUGACUCUUUCGUUGCAAACGCUUUGUUUCCUCUUCCUUUGCUCGAUCGCUCCACCGAAUGGGUUUGCUGGGGUGAAGCCGAAGAUUUAUUUCUUCUACGAGCUCCUUUUCACCGUUUCUUUUCUCUCGAUUCUUGUCACGAUCUCAAUGAUGGCUCUUUGUCGAGUGAAACGAUCAGUGCCUCCAUCGCAUCGCGUUUAUCUCUUUGCAAAAGUGGUGAACAGAUUGGUAUGCUGUAUUGAGCCAGAUCCCGGUGUCUCCUAUCAACGGCAUAUCGAUGAGAGCGAUCAACGCUCAUCAAAUUUGGGCCCACCAAGUGAAGUCGAGUACACACAAGAUUGGAGACACAUCUAUUUGGCCGUGAACAAUCUCUUUGCCGGGAUGCUCUUCACGCUUUUUGUUUUCUUCCUUUUCAUUCAAAUGUUC